AUGAGUUGGGAUAGAGUAAUUCAAGACUCGGAUGAGGAGGAGCCUCUCAUUGAGGAUGACUUCCCAGUCUCUCCCGACCCGCUACAGCCAACCCAGUCUCCAAAAGUCCAGCAUCAUGACAAUCCCGCAGAAGCAGAUACACAUUACCCGAUCGAGCGCACUACGAAUGAAGGCUUCCCCGAACCACAAUUGAACGUCAACUUUGAUCAAUUCCUACAAUCGCAGGGAACUCAUGCGGCUUCCACAUCAUCCCAGCAACAGCGCGAAGAAAGAUGGAUUCCUUCGACCACCGAAAGUGGGGGUGGAUCAAUUGGUGCAAUGAUUACCGAAAUUGGACUCGCGCAAAAUCGACUCUUUGAUGAAUCCUCCAGUGCCGAUCAACGUAUCUCUACUACCACCUAUUAUCCCAGCGAAAUCUCCCAACCUGGAUCUUUUCCAACGAUGCAGUCAUAUCAGUACCAGCAACAUGCUCCAAUCGCUCAUGGGAAUGUUCAAUAUACCAAUAUUCCCCGCGAACAGCCUUACGAGGCGACACAGCUACUUACGCCAGGUGCUGCUGUCCCUGUGUCCGAUUACAGUCUCCCGACUGCAUCUAGUCAUGUUGAUUCACCAUCAGACGUGACGACAGCUCCUACUUCGGCUCCGUACCUCGGCGAAGGAUCUGAGAACCUAUCCAAAAAUUUCCCACAACAGCUUCACCCAGUUCCAGCAAUGGCAUACUCUCCACACGAUACUGAACCGUUCUCCUCGGUGACGUCGCCUCACGUCAACAUGUCCAAGAAUGAAAACCCGAUGCCUGGUCUAAUGUCUCCCCAUCAUCCUCCUGGUGAUGCGAAUGACGAGCUUGCUUUUCCGGGCGUAACAGUGGAAGUGCCAUCAGCCACGAAAAAACGACGGAGUCGUCCAAAGAAAGCAUCUCUUCCGGAGGAUGACGAUGACGAUGAACUGGCUAUUGAAACGGGAACAGAGCCUAGUCCCACUAAACCAAUGGAGGAAUCCGUGGGCAAUGCUGAUGUUCCUAAACCCACUGAAGAGGCCAUUGAAACGGGAGAUGAUGCCGCUAGUAUCCAAAAUACUACAGAUGUCAUCUCCGCACCAGAAGAAAAUACCGUUCCCGAGGCAGGUUCUACCGCAAUCGAGCAGCCUCAAAAAUCACAUGCCGACGACGAUGUCAUCUGGGUAGACUCGCGACCUCUACAGACAAACGGAGCGCAAGAAGAAAGUGGCAUGACUGCAGAAGCAAAACAACCCGAAGUCAACGGUGUACAAGAUGCACAGCCCGCUCCUAAGAAACGAGGACGGAAGCGCAAACAAGCAACAGAGCGUAUCGCCGAUGACCUGGACUCGGUAUCGAACACCGAUUCCACCAACGCAACCGAUGAAAAACCCGCACCUAAGAAACGGGGACGGAAGCGGAAGCAACCUGUUGAACUGGUUGAACCAGCUGAAGUGCAAGACCCAGUGUCAAAGAACGAUGUUGCUGUCAAUGAUACCGAGAAGAUCGAGGAACCGAAGGAUGAGACAAACCCCGAAGCUGAAGCAGUUCAGCAACCAGAACCAGAGCCUCAAGCAAAUACCGCCACUGAAGAGAUGAAGGAGCAGGUUAAGGUACCUCCGCAAACACCCCAGAAACCUGAGCAGAAUCCCAGCACUCCUGUUGCUGGGAAUAGUACGAAUGGCCGGAAAGGAUUAUCUAAACAUAGUCCCAUUUCUUCGACUAGCAAGGUUCCGUACCGUGUUGGACUGAGCAAGAGGGCUCGGAUCGCUCCGUUAUUGAAGAUUGUGCGGAAGUAA